AUUUUAUUAUAGCAUAAUUUUUUGCUGAGAUUUGAAAGAACUAUGUUAAAUUAAGGAAUUUUCAAUAAUGAAAUAUUGUGCUUUUUAUUAAGAAGUGUUUAUACAGAUUGAGAAAUUUAUAAUAAGUUAUUGUUAGAUAUCUACAAAUAGCAUUUUUAAUCGUUAAAAUUAAGAUAUUAAUUAGGCGCAAAUGUGAUCAUAGUACUUAUUUCACAAGUGUUUAAUUUAAAGUAAAAUAACCCAAUCAUGUCAAGGCGUGGUCCAGUACAUCUUGAUUUUGAUCUUACUGUUUUACCUGCAUGGGUAGCUAACACGAAAUUGAAGGAAAAUGCAACUACAUAUGAAUAUAGUAGCUAUUACAAUGAAGUGAAGGAUUUGGAAAGAAGAUAUGGCUUGAAUAGCGACUUAUUUAAAAAUCUGAGCAAAAAUAUAUCGUGGGUACAUCAGGAGGAUGCGGCUACGAAAGAAUUCGUUAAGAAGCGUUGCUAUGAUUUAAAUUACUGGUUAUGUGAGGAGGUAUAUAAUAAGCUUAAACCAUAUGGUCUUGAGGGAGAAUUAGAGAAUGUUAUUCCUAGGAUUCAUAGUGUAUGGAAAAAAAUUGUUGAAAAGGAGAUUCCAGAUAAGGAUUAUAAGUGCUAUCCUGAUGACAAAUUAAUUUAUAACAUGAGUUAUUUGAAGGAAAUUAAGGAUUUAUUUGAUUUUUUUGAAGAUUUUCCAAUAACGAGAAAAGAUAUUAUUGCUAACGCAGAGGAAGCUUGCCACAAAUACCGUAAAUACCUUCGACCGAAAAUCCCCAUAUACUACACUUGGAGAGACUCAUGUAAUAUAGAGGGUUUUAUUUGUAAAAGAUAUAUUGAUAAUCAUGAAAAAUAUCGCCCAGCAGGUGUUCUGUUCUAUUUAGACCCUUGGCUUAUUCUUACUUAUUCUUCAAAUGAAUGUUUUAAAGAGGUUCACGAUGUAUUUAGGGAUUCAAAGAAAGAACCUAAACGUAAUGAUGAGAUAUAUAUAAAAAUUAUGGAAAAACUUAAGCGUGAACGACCUAGUAAAAAUUUAGUCUCAGCUAAGGUAGGAGAGGGAUUACGUGGAUCAGAAUUUUUUAUUCCUGGUGAUAAUGAUAACCUUAUGUAUCGUAUAACGGUGAAUGGCUUUUAUUUUACCGUCGAGGUUAUUAUACCAUUUUUGCUUUUUAUAUUUGCAGUAUAUCUACUUUUCCAAAUGGUCUAUAAGGUAAAAAAAUAA